AUGGAGGACAUCAGUCAGGCAGCGACAGCUUCGUUGCUACAAAUAGAUAAAAAUAACACGUUGCCUGGCUGGUUCAACCUCCAUCGCCAACUCUGUACCGAUUGGGUACGAGACAACCCAAAAACACGACAAUAUGGUCUGACAAGUGGGCCGCUUAUGCGAACAUUCCCAGAGUUACGGGACUGGCACACGACACUGUCAAUCAUCGAUAUGGCUUUGUUGCUCCAAAUGGAGCGCAUACUAAUGCCAUUGAGAAUCUUUGGAAGUGCCAAAGAUAAAUUUAAACGGAUGCAUGGUACCUGCGAUGAUCACGUCUCUUCGUAUCUCGUUGAGUUUAAGUGGCAGCGCGGUAUCAGGGACCAUGAUGUGCGGUUUCAAAAAGCUCUUGAGCUCAUCCGUACAUAUUACCUUGUUUAA